AUGUAUCAUCAUGGUAGGCGACCUAUCUCUAUUCCAUUGUUUGAGCCAGCGGCGCAGGAAGCUCGCGCUCCAGCUUCACAACGUUGGUUCCAUGCUAAUAUCACGGGUACUGAAGCAGUUGAAUUACUAACGAAGGAAAAACAGUGGACGUAUUUGGUCAGGGAGAGUCAGCGAGCUCCUGGUUCCUAUGCCAUAACUGUGAAAACAACAGAUGAUCACGUUGUACAUAUUUUGAUUCAAAAGAAGGCUGAUACUGGAAUGUACCAUGUAGGUGGUGGUGAUGAAUUUCGAACGGUUGGUGAACUUCUAGCCCAUUAUAAUAAUAACCCAAUGGUUGAAGAGGGUAGCCAACGAGUGGUUCAUUUGAUGAAUCUAGUUCCGUCAACUUGCGUUCCGGCGGAUGCAAUUGACGAACGUAUUCGCCUGUUAGAGGAAAUCGAUCCAGUCACCAAGAAGUCUGGCUUCUUAGAGGAAUUUGAGGUAGUGAUGUGUGAAGAAUACUAG